CAUGGACUUUAUCUUUCUUGCAGAAAUUAAACAAAUAACAACUUCCUUCAGACGUCACUGAUAACCUAUGCACUAUUUGCUGUAUUAGAAACAUGAAUGUUAUCUUGUUUGUGGAACUUUACCGCCGUUUGCUGUCUGACAGGUACGAACAUGAAUGUUAUCUUGUUUGUGGAAAUUUACUCAUGAGUUGCUGUCUGACAGAUAACCCACGUUGUUUAGUGCAUUACAAAGAGAGCAAUUGUUAGUUUUGUAAAAUGCGCUUGCAGAAAACUUACUGUUACGAAUGGUCUGAUAUCGUGUGUAAUGGCACAAACACGAAUGGACGGUACAUACACGGACCAUGACAUAUAUCUCCAUGGUUACAAAGGGUCUUUUAAUCGCUCCAUGUAAGCCAUGACCAUGUGAAUAGGGGUCUAGAAAAAUCAUGCCACUCCCCUGGUCACGAUCUUGUGAUAUUAUGGACGUUCUUAGGCCUACUUCAUCUAGCUGGACCCAACGCUUUAGAACUAGAAGGUGACUUCAUAGGGUCAAAUGCUCGGACUUCAUGUAAUUCUGAAAGCGAAGGUGUCAGGACCUGAUGGGAAGUGUGACGUCAAAGUUUAACUCUUUUGAAUAGUUCCCCCUUCUGUUUCACCUGAUAGUCCCGCCCACUGCACAAGCUCGACGAAAACGCAAUUACAAUUUUAUUUACUUGGAAACUGGACAGGAUCCUGCUAAACUUUGAAUUUUAUUCAAUGAUAUCGAAAAAAGGAUUUGCUGGGUCAUUCGUAGUCUUCAAUGCACCUUUAUGUUCCUGAUUUUAGGGCUCGCAUUUCGCUAUUAUCAUUAUAAUGAUCCUUAUAUCGAUAUCCAGAAUUCCAUACAAUGUACCAAAUAGGUGGUUCAUACUCAGUCUGACCUUUGAGUUGGAACCGCCUUCUUUCUCAAAAUCCAACCCGGAUACACUAGAGUGCAAUGCAUUCGAAGCACGGUGUGCCGAGGGCCCAAAACGUCGCACUCGUUUCUACCCUUUGAACAAUGUACCUCACUUGUGUUGGUAUAAAAGGAAGGAUUUCAGUUCAAGAUCACAUGAUUGUUGAGUAGUUCAUACCUACGCAAUAAGAUUCGUUUGCAGGAGACCCUAAAAAUUCAACAUGCCUUUCUGCGAGCUAAGCACCAGUGUCCCCAAGGCUAAAGUGGACGAGUCCUUUCUCAAGGAGUUCUCUCAACUGCUGGCGAGCAUUAUCGGCCGACCUGAAAGGAGAGUGACCAUCCAGGUUAACCCUGACCAGAUCAUGAUGAAAGCUGGGUCGAUGGAGCCAGUGGCUGUAACGGAGAUACACGGGAACAACCCGGACUACUUCACCGACGCCAUGAGGGAGAAGUGGGUGGCAUCUCUCACGUCUUUCCUCUCUGACAAGCUUGGCAUCACUGACCACGGCAGGAUCAUUGUGUCCUUCCAUCAGAAGGAGCCAACUCAUGUUGGGAUUUUUGGAAAGCUUAUUAGCCAGCGGCAUUCAGAGUGAAGACGUUCUUGUCCAACUAUGGUUGAUGUUAUUCAACAAGAUUUAGAAUAGGUUGGCUCAGUGGAAAGGAUGGUGUCUUCCCAUCAAAAACAUUUUUCAAUGGUAUUCGCGCUUGGAGCAGAUGAAUGAGCUUUUAACCAAACUUCAAUUUCUUGAAAUUAUAUAAGAAAAAACCAAACAAACAUUGAUGACUUUUAAGAUGUAGAUGCUGUGAGAAAUUGACGUUUUUAUAAAAUGUCUAAAGCUUGUAGUAACUCGCUUCUGCUGUAGGUUUCUUGCAAAUUUGAUGUUUUAUUUUGCAUAAAAUGUUGAGGACUGGCAAUACAUUAAUGUUUCACUGGUACGAGUGGCAGAUUAAGAAUUACCAAAUUGUUACAAUAACAAAGAGUUGCAUACUCUUUCUCUUUAUCAGUACUUUUCUUUUAAAUAUCGGUUAACAAAACAAUGCCGGAACUGUUCCAUGGACCAUGAUUAUCUUUCUUGCAGAAAUUAAACAUAUGACACCAGCCUUCUGAGGUCACUGACCUGUAAGCACUGUUUGCUGCAAUCAAAACAUGAAUGUUACUUUUUUGUGGAAAUUACCGUCAUGAGUUGCUGUCUGAUAGAUAAGAACGCGAAUGUUAUCUUGUUUGUGCAAAUUUACUGUCAUGAGUUGCUGUCUGAGGGAUAAGACUAAAUGUUGCUUUAGUGCAUUACAAAUAGAGCAAUACAUUUUUAGUUUGUAAAACGUGCUUGCAGACAAUUUAGUAUUGUGAAUAAUCAGAUAGAAAUAAAAUAGAGACAGCUCACGAA